AACAUCUAGGCUGCCGGCAGGCGGAACGAGAAGAAGCGCGUCUGCACGGACCUGACUAAACGACGCACAGCCGCCCGUGGCCAGCAGGCAGCAAUGGACCCGGAUGAGCCGGACGACCUGAUGGUGCCACUCAAGGAGAAGAGCCUGGGCGGCUGGGGCCUGCUGCAGAUUGGGUUGGGCACAGGGUUUGCUGCCUACGUCAUGUGGGCAGGAUUCCUGAUGCCUGGAUUUCGACGGGUGCCCUUGAAGUUGCAGGUCCCUUACCUUCCUGCCAGCCGGGCACAGGUGGACAACGUGAUGGGCCUCCUGCAGGGACGCUGUGGGAAGCUGGUGGACCUGGGCUCUGGAGAUGGGCGCAUUGUGCUCGAGGCCUGCAGACGAGGCUUCCGGCCAGCAGUUGGCUACGAGUUGAACCCGUGGCUCCUUCGCCUGGCUGCCUUCUAUGCUUGGAGAGCAGGGUAUUCUGGGAAGGUCAAGUACCGCCGGGAGGACUUGUGGAAGGUCAGCCUGGCGGACUGCAGCAAUGUGACCGUCUUCUUGGCUCCUAGUGUGGGUGCCACUCACCUGUCAAGUGGCAGCUGUUUAUGGGGUUCUGGUGGAUUUCUGAAGAGGGCACACAUGUCCCGCACACGUACACCAUGGUGCCAGUCAGAGUGAAGGAAUCCUGGAGAAACGAGGGCCCACCAAGUGUUGCAGAGUCACCUAAACAGAAGGCGUGCCCGCGGGUCACUCACUCAUCCUGGGAACAUAAACUGCGCAGACUGGCACACUGCCACCUCUGAGAUGUCAAAAGUGGGCCUCUGGCACCCCCUAGUGGCAGUUCUUGAGUGUACUUGGAGAAGAAAGCGAGCCGCCAGCUGACGUAAAGUUGAAGAUGUAAUGUACCCCCACUGGCAGGAGGCAUGAAGCUGCUCAGUGUGCCCACAUGCCCCAGCAUCACCUGCUGGGCAUCCACUUCCAGAACCCAAGGCCUGAAGCCAGCCUGUAGGGGGUACCUGAGCAGCUGGCCAGUGAAGUGGGAAGAAGUCCCACCGGAGAGUCAAGUGUGGGCACUAUGAGAACAUGCAAACUCCACACAGAGUUGAGAUUUGACCCAAGUACCCUCUUUAUUGGCACACAGUGGCACCCCCUACUGGCCAGGACACUAGGCCGUUAAGCACAAGGCUGCC